UUUUCCCCUCUGACAGGAAACCUCCCUUUGCCCAAACUGCUUUCCUAUGGUCUGGUCCCAGUGAGAGAGCCGCUGUGUAUGUGUGAGUACAGAGGGCUGCUGCUUCUGCUGCUUCUCCUGAUGUCAGGCACAGACAAGUGUGAGUAGAGCGAGAAAGAGCGUGUGUUUGGAGCUAAAGCACCUCUCAGCGUUUUGUGUUCCCGCUUCAUCUGCCAGUGUGUGAGGCCACUGCGCCUCUGGAUACACGACUCAACUUGCCUCCACCAGGAGAGUCUGGAUAGAAACGAUGGUUCGUUAGAAAAGGGGUCAAGGAGAAAUAAAGUAGAGAAGAAAGCAAGAGAAAGGAAAAUCAGUCUGCCAGAUAAAGCCAAUAUGAACCCCAUACGGAAAGAGAUGGAGCUGCUGAGUAACAGCAUGGCUACUUAUGCCCAUAUAACAGAGAACAUGGAGAGCUUUGCGCUGUACUUCAUGUUGGGUGUGUGUUCAGGUCUUCUGCUGGCCCUUGUCCUCUUCAUAUUGGGCAUCGCCUGCCGACCGCGUUCAAAAACAAAAACACCCUCCUCACCAGACAAGAGACGGCUGAAAGAGUCCAGCGAGGAUGAGGAGGAGGAAGACAAGGAAGAGGACCAAAGUGAGGAAGGAGAUGACGAGGACCUAGAAGUCCCAGUGGUCACCGUGAGUCCCUUGAGUGAUCAGACCCAGUUAAAUGGAACCAUUAAGAGUGUGAACGUGUUUGCUUCAGCGGAGGAGCUGGAGAGAGCCAGGAGACUGGAGGAGAGAGAACGGAUCGUCAGGGAGAUCUGGAGGAACGGACAGCCGGAUAUACUCGUCACCGGCACAGGAACACUCGGACGAGUUCACUAUCACUAGUAGUGUUUCGUGUGCUGGACGCAGUUGUUUCAUGCAGAUAUGGAAUGCCACAGGACCUGUGCAACAGAUUUGGGUGUAACGUUCCUUUAAAAUGGGACGGAUUGAGUACACUCUUAAAAAUAUGGCUUCCAAAGGGAGGUUUUUACAGCAAUGCCAUCAAAGAACCAUUUUGUAUUUCCCAAAGAACACUUUCAGAGAUUAAUUUUUUCUUAGUGUGAAGAACAUGAAUGUUAAAGGUUUUUCACUGAACCACUGAUGCCAAUAAAGAAGCUUUAUUUUUAAGAGUAGGCCUACAUUUAAUCCCCAUAAUUCUGUUUUGAAGUCGUUUUCACAAGCCCUUGCUUGUCUUCUAAGUGAUCAAGUUUUGAUGGAUCCAUUUGUUCUUUUGCAUUUUUUAUAUAUAAACACAUUUUAGCACUUAAUGUUUGUGUAUAUA